UAGUCUCUCGAUGAUCAUUGUGCGACGUGUAUGGAACUAAUUAUGCUCAUCUGGUGCAAAGUGAACCACGUAUGUUGGGGUGAUAUUUCAAAAAGCCAGUCUAGGCUCAAACACCAAGAAAAUUAAUCCACUUUUCCAGAACCCCCAAAACAUUGCUGCACUGAAUUGCAUGCUUGAGCAUACUGAAUUCAGUUCAGUCUAGCUUACCAGUCUUGUCAACAUGAAGGAAGUCAAGGGUCAAAAUGAGAAUAUUUGUGUUGUAUCGGAAGGUAGUAAGAAAUCAAAACACAAGACAGGAAAUGAUGUGAAGUUACUGCAAAGACCACCACUUUCAUGCAAAACAAAUAAAUUGAAGUCCGGACAGCCAGCGCCUAAUGCACAGUCUUUACUAACCGUGGGACGCCAGAACGAUGAGAAAACAUCUGGGAAAAAGCUCGGGUUCGCCGUGUUCGAGGAUGAGUCGGCGGCGUGUGAGAGUGCGCCUGACGCCGCUCCGUCCGCGGCCAGCGCGUCCAUACAGACUGAGCGGCCCGGGCAGUACGACGCGGAGGUAGCGCGGGCCGACAUCUGCGCCGAGGUUCCGAGCGAACAGUACUGGCAGCGGCUGGCCGACAGCCGGCAGGAGGCGCUGCAGGAGACGCUGGAUGAAAAUCAGCAGCUGCACGAGAGGCUGGCGCAGCUGGAGGAGGAAAACAGGCUGCUGCGCGAAGCCCUGCAGCAGGCCGAAGAAGUCGUCGCCUGCGUCCAGGAGUGGUCUCAGGAGCAGGAGACGGGACCUCACUGACAAGACCCGUCGCCGGCGCCAUCUCGGUCCAAAUCCCAGGAGAACUCGUCACGUCGCAUCAAGGGUCUCGACGGCGACGAUGAGCCACCCACCGGAUCACUUCGUUCCCGACGAUUACAGGAGGCUGGCUGUGUUAGUGAUGACUCUUCCGGCGCGCGAACUGAGCGACUUUUAUUGUAAUUGACUCGUGUGUUCAUGCUCAGCUAACGUGGACGUUUUGUACUGUCGGCCCCUGUAGCGCGCCUGGAUGGUGAAUAAACCAUUGCUUUUUA